AAUCUCACUUGCUAAGUACAAGUUUCGUGUCAAAGGAAGACAAACGUCAACCCUAUCAGCAACCAUGUACAAGUUCGUCGCCUUGUUCGCUCUGUUGGCCUGCGCUGUAGCCGCACCAGCACCCGCUCCGGCACCAGCACCAAAACCAGGAUUCCUGGCCGCACCGGUUGCUCUUCACGCAGCGCCUGUCGUCUCGGCGGCGCCUUUGGCGGUAGCGCACAGCGUACCCGUCGCCACCAGCUACGCAAAUACCUACAAAGUCAGCGUAAAGAGCCCCCUGAUCGCCGCGGCCCCCUACAUUCACGCUGCACCCGUCGGCUUGGUGAAGACUGCCCCCGUCGUCGCCGCUGCUCCAGCAGCAGCGGUCUACGCUCACGGACCCAUCGUCGCUGGAUACGCAACAUACUGAACCAACAAAUAGACCGGCAACUCUUUUCUCUCCAGCCGCUCUAGUCGAUCCUCUUCCCCUGACGACGACCUCGCUACCGCGGUAAUGAUCAAUCGCGACUCGAUGCUGUCGGUUAAUCAUCGAAAAUAAAAUCUAUACAUGCUCAAUUCAAAACUGUAU